UGGGAAAUUCUCAGACCUGCCCACUGACAGUCAGCUUUGCUUCCACUGGGCUGGGCAGCCAGUCCUAUAAAGAGGUCCUUGGCUGCAUGACUGCAGACUCCUGGUACUCAAGUCCUGGACUACUUUGCAGAACCUGAUCCUGAGACUUCAGCACCAUGUCUUACCAACAGCAGCAGUGCAAGCAGCCCUGCCAGCCUCCUCCUGUGUGCCCACCCCCAAAGUGCCCUGAGCCUUGUCCUCCUCCACAGUGCACAGAGCCUUGUCCUCCUCCAAAGUGUCCAGAGCCUUGUCCUCCUCCAAAGUGCCCUGAACCAUGCCCCCCUGAGCCAUGCCAGCAGAAAUGCCCUCCUGUACAACCUCCUCCCUGCCAGCAGAAGUGUCCACCCAAGAGCAAGUGAGUGCUUCAACAGUCAUGAGGACCAAGAGAAGAGAAGGAAAUCUACUUCCUACACUUCCAUAGAAACACUUCCAUCUUCCCUUCAAAGCCUGUCAUGGAUGCAGAAGAAUCUUCUCCAACCUUCACCUCCAUGUAUCUUUGGUCACCCUGAUAGGGAAGGCAUUCCCCUGAGCUUGUGCUGCUUCUGCUGUGAAGGGGCUGCUGAGAAUGAUCCUUCCUCACUGCUUCAGUGUCCGGAUGUUCAGAGUGAAGAGCAGCAGCUUUCCACCCUGUGCACUCAGAGGAUGUGUCCAUAACUGUCAAUCACCUUGGCUGAUUUGUUUCCACUGUGGUUUCAUUUCUUGAAUAAAGUACAAUCUGAUUGAUAGCA